CACAAACUAAUUUCUGAAUCUAAAGAAGAAGGGCGACAUAAAAUGUCUUCUGAGAAUAGCAAUCUAGAUAUAGAUCUACAGGAUUCUCCAAAACAAGUAUCAGGAAAAACAAAUUCAAGUACAGUGGAUGAGAGUUCUGAAGAAGACUCUGUAAGCAGUCUUUCCAAAAAACCUGGUGUUGAUGAUUCAUGGCCAACAUCAGAUGAUGAAGACUUUGAUUUUGAUACCAAGAAUGUCGUGAAACCAAGCUUAGCAAAGCUAAUGACUGCUGUUCAACAAUCCCAGAAAAACAUGGAAGCAAAAUAUGCUAUUGUGAGACCAGAAAAUAAGACCUUCUGUGAAGACAAUGAAUCUCAUAGUGAGAGUGAAGAUCUGGUGGAGACCCUUCCCAAACCAUCGAACACAGUCCAGGGCUUUUCUCGUCCUGAUUGUCCACCUCCCGAACCUCUUCUCAAACCUGCUUCCAGGCCUUUAGCAGUCACUGGCCUUACACAGGAAGAAGCAACAAAGCCAGCAAUUGGAAAAAAAGAAAAUGGUGGGGACAUUAUUGAAAGUACUCCACAAGAGCAAAAAAAUAAUGACAAUUUGACUUAUGUUGAUGGAGCUCACCAAAAUAAUAGAAGUGAUAAAAUGUCAGCAUUAGAAUUAGAAGAAGAGAAAGAUGUGGAAUCACCUUGGGAUUCUGAGGGCAGUAUCAUACACAGCAAAAUAAGAGCACUGGAACGAAGCAGAGAGCAGGAUUUUUCAGCAGAGCUAGACUUAGAAAUGACAUCAGAAGAAGGGCAAGAAAGCCUUGAUGGAAAUGAAAAUAACCACCCACAGAUUGACGAAGAAAAGAAGCACGAAAGCUGUGAAAUAGAAGUAACAGAACACAUAUAUAACGCUGCUGCUGAUGAUAGCCAUGGAUUAAUUCAACAAAGGAAGAGUGGAAAAACUGAUGACCAGCAAUUUCCUAUUAUGGAGAAUGAAGAUUCUGAUAGGUCAGCAAAGAAAACUAAUGAAGAGAACAAGGUUAAAGAGCAAAUUAAUUCCAUGGAUGACCUUGAUGACUUAACUCAGUCUUCUGAAACAGUUUCAGAACAUUGUGAGUUGCCUUACUCCAAUUAUCAGAAUUCCAUGUUGCUAAUUGAACAACUUGGCAUGGAUUGUAAAGAUUCUGUUAGCUUGUUGAAAAUUCAAGAUGCCAUUAUUUCAUAUGAAAGAUUAAUAGAACUUAGAAAAAGUCACUGUGAACUACUUACAGGAAAAAUUAAAAAAAUGGAAAAUAAGGUUAGUGGAUUACAAAAGGAGCUAUCAGAAACAAAAGAAAUGAAAUCACAGUUAGAACAUCAAAAAGUGGAAUGGGAACAAGAACUCUGCAAUUUGAGAUUUACCUUACAACAAGAAAAAGAGAAAAGAAGAAAUACUGAUAUGUUAUAUAAAAAAAUUAGGGAGCAGUUAAGAAAAAAGGAAGAGCAAUAUAGUCAAGAAGUGGACAUGAAACAACAACUUGAAAUCACUCUUCGAACACUUGAUAUGGAAUUGAAGACUGUAAGAAAUAAUUUCAAUCAGGUUGUGGAAGAACUAAAUGACACUCAGAGGCAACUUUCUCGAGAACAAAAUGCCAGAAUAUUACAAGAUGGAAUUCUGACCAAUCUCCUUUGCAAACAAAAGGAGAUAGAAACAGCUCAUAAGAAAGUGAAUUCAGAGGUAUCUGAGAGUCCUGAAAAAGAUUUGGUGCAUGAAAACCGCAUGUUGCAGGAUGAAAUUGCCAUGCUGAGACUGGAAAUAGACACCGUAAAAAAUCAGAACCAGGAAAUGGAAAAAAAAUACAUGGAGGACAUUGCAAUUGUAAAAGAAAAGAAUGACCAUCUUCAAAAGACAAUCAAACUGAAUGAGGAAACACUAACAAAAACAAUAUUUCAAUAUAAUGGACAAGUUAAUGUUCUGACAGCUGAGAAUACAAUGCUAACCUCUAAACUGGAGAGUGAAAAACAAAACAAAGAAAGACUGGAAACAGAAGUUGAAUCCUACCGAUCUAGACUGGCUGCUGCUAUCCAUGAUCAUGAGCAAAGUCAGACAUCUAGAAGAGACCUAGAACUUGCUUUUCAGAGAGCAAGAGAUGAAUGGUUUCGUUUCCGAGACAAGAUGAAUUUUGACAUGUCUACCCUAAAGGAUAACAAUGAGGUUCUUUCUCAACAACUCUCUAAAGCUGAAAGUAAGUUCAGUAGCCUAGAAGUAGAGCUUCAUCACACGAGAGAUGCUCUCAGAGAAAGGACUUUAGUUUUAGAACAUGUGCAAAGAGACCUAAGCCAAACACAGUGUAAAAAGAAGGAAAUUGAACACAUGUAUCAAAAUGAGCAAGAUAAAGUGAAUAAAUACAUUGGAAAGCAGGAAUCCCUAGAGGAGAGAUUUUCUCACCUACAAAGUGAAAAUGUGUUGCUACGACAGCAACUGGAUGAUGCUCACAACAAAAGCGACAAUAAAGAAAAGACAGUAAUUAAUAUCCAAGACCAGUUUCAGGAUAUCAUAAAAAUACUUCGAGCUGAAAGUGAAAAACAAAGUCGUAUGCUAGAAGAAAGAAAUAAGGAGUUAAUCAAAGAAUGUAAUCAUUUAAAAGAAAGAAUGUAUCAGUAUGAAAACGAUAAAGCAGAAAGAGAAGUAGUUGUUAGACAACUUCAACAAGAAUUGGCUGAUACCCUAAAAAAACAAUCUAUGUCAGAGGCUUCACUGGAGGUUACGUCACGUUAUCGUAUGAAUUUAGAAGAUGAGACACAGGAUUUAAAGAAGAAAUUAAAUGAAAUCAGAAAUCAAUUGCUUGAAGCAAACGAUCGACAUACAGAAGCUGUAAGAUAUGCUGAGAAGACGCAAGAUCACAUGCAAAAGAUUGAAACUGAAAAUACUGAGUUAAAAGUAACAAUUGAAAAGCAAGCGGAAAGAAUUGAACAGCUUCAGAGAAACCUCUUACAUACAAAUUCGAGAAAACCAAGACAAAGUAUGCUGGUCAAUAUCCUAAUAGUGAAAGUGCCCCCAAGAUCAGAAAAUAACGCGAAACUUAAAGUAACACCAAUGAGAAUCAACAUAAAAUGUAUAAGAUUAGCUAAUCCACAGCAAGUAAUGGUUUACGAGUGUGUGGUUGAGGAUAUUGGUCAUGAGGAACUAGAAAAGAAGAAAGCAAAAUUUAAGAAACUCUUAAAAAUGACAAGAAGGAAAUUAAAUGAAUAUGAAAAUGGAGAGCUUAAUUUCCCUGGAGGUUUAAAACCCAAUCAAAGUGAAAUGGAUAUUCAGAUUAAUAUGUUAAAACAGAAGAUUGAUGAUCUCAGAGCAAAACUGGAAAUUGCAUCUGCAGAACGUCUCCAUCUGGGUGAAAAAAAUCAAUUUCUUCAACAAGAGUUAUUAUCUAUAAAAGGAAUACAAAAGAAAUGUGAAAAACUAGAGAAUAAAAAGAAGGAAUUGAAACAAGAAUUAUUAAACCUUAAAAGUCAUAUGGAAAUGAAUAUGAUGGAAUACAGUGAAGUAGAGCUGUAUAAACGGGAUGUUGAAGAACGGGCAAGACAGGAAGUAGUAGAAAAAUUAAAAGAAGUCGAUCUAUUUUUACAGGCACAAGCAGCAUCUCAAGAAAACUUAGAGCAGUUAAGAGAGAACAAUUAUGCUUCAAUGAGAAGUCAAAUGGAACUCAGAAUUAAAGAUCUGGAAUCUGAACUCUCCAAAAUGAAAACUACUCAAGAAGAUUCUAAUAAAAUAGAAUUGGAAAAAUAUAAGCAAGCCUACCUGGAGGAAUUAAAAGUUACAAAGUCAUUGGCAAAUAAACUAAACAAGACUAAUGACAAGUUAGCAGAAAUCAGUACCCAGCUUCUCGUGAAGGAACGGCAGAACACUUUACUCAGCAAUGCUCUUACGAGGCCAGUCCUGGACGUGCCUUGUGUUGGAAGUCUUAAUAAGUUACUCCUCAGUAGAAAUCCUGCUCGAAGAGAAAACUUGGUGAUGCCUACCUCAGCUCCACGGACUUCAAAUGAUAGCAUGGAGUCUUACUUGACCAAGAUGCAGCAGGAGUUAGAAAAAAAUAUAACUAGAGAACUAAAAGAAGCUGCUGCUGAAUUUGAAUCUGAAUCCUGUAGACUUUUUCCUCCAGUAUCUACUGAUGAUCUAGUUUUGAAAGCGUCACAAGAAUAUGUACAGAUUUUGAAUAAAAAGUAUAUGAUCUGAAACAUAAAUAGUACAAAUUUAUUUACUGGGCUGUUUAUAUAACACUUUGUUUCCCAUGAAACAUAUGGCAUGUGAAAAUAUUAAAGAAAAAUAUUUUUGUAUCA